GCGGGUAUUCGCGGAAGAUGGCGGGCUCGGGUGGCCUCUUGGUCGACGACGACCUCCUUCCGCUUCCCGACUGCUGUUGGAGCCAAGUAGUCACCGUCCGGACGACGAGGCGGAUCCGGGUCGGCGGCUGGCUCUGCGUCGCGUCCGGGAUCCUCAUGCUCCUCCUCGCGACCCUUUUCCUCUUCGGGGACGUCCGCGACUGCAGGGAGGGAUGCCGCGGGCUCCGCGGGUCGGAGGACGUCUGCGAAUGCAGCGUCGACUAUUUCAACGUCUUCUUGUCGUUCGGGUCUGCAAUGAUAAUCCUGAUCGAGGGAAUCCGUCUCGUGUACCAGUGUCACAGGGCCCUGCACGCGCUGACGCUGAGGAAGGUGGCCGCACUGGCGAGGCCAGGCGACCUUCCGGUCAAACUGCCUGCGUUUGGGCUCGGUUUCAACCAUCCGCGACAUCCCCAGCGAUAUCCGGUCAAUCGAUGGGACGGGCCUCGAUGUGCUUGCAGCGAUGGUUCGGCGAUGCCGAACAUCGUGGCCGAUAUUUCCUAACCACCAAGGACCAGAUAGAACGGAUGAUGCAGUGCCACGAGGCGUGGAUCUCACUGGCUGUCAUCAUCACGGUCUGUGUGCCGUUUGGUAGGAAAAUGUGCGCGUUUAUUGACGACCUCGUGUCAAUCACACGGAUCUCUUCAAUGUAACAGGUAUACGGUGAAUUUCGCAUGGACGGGUGUGAGAUAGUGUCAUUGUACUCUGAGUCUUAUCGGACAAAGAAAGGGAUGAAGAGUUUUUAUCUCUA